AUGGAAAGUUUUUUCCUUCCCCCUCCCUUGGUUUAUGACCUGAGGCACGAGGGAUUAGAUCCCUUCAAAAACUAUUGGCUGGUCACAAUUGUCUUUGUGAACCUGCAGUUUGACGAAAGCGCCAAUACCUUGCAUCUGUGCAAGGCCAUCCACGAUGCCAAUGUGAAGAUCUCAAACAUCAUUCACGUCUUCAGCGGCAAAAUCAACAAAGUCUUUAUGUUUGACAAAGGCUGCACAUUCCUGUGUGUGUUCGGGCUCCCUGGGGAUAAGCAGGCUGACGAGAGCGCCCACGCCUUGGACAGCGCAUUUAAAAUCUUCAACUUCUGUUCUGAGAUGCUCAUGAAAAUAAAGCUAGUUUCCAUCGGGGUUACCAGCGGGCCAGUGUUCUGCGGAGUAGUUGGCCAUCAUGUAAGGCACGAAUACACAGUCAUUGGCCAGAAGGUGAAUCUCACUGCCCGGAUGAUGAUGUAUUAUCCGGGGUUAGUGUCCUGUGAUGCAGUGACCUAUGCCAACUCCAGGCUGCCUCAUUACUUCUUUGAAGAGCUCCCCUGGACUGAGAUGAAAGGAGUUGUGAAUCCCGGCGUGGUCUAUCAUUAUCUUGGCAUCAGUGAGAAACCAAUGAUUGGCCAAGCGUAUCUCACCAAGGAGAGGUCUGAGUAUUACCACUUACUGGGUCAGGAAAAAGAGCUUGAAAUCUAUGACACUUUAUUGAAAGGAUUUGUGGCGUCUACAGAAGGCCGCGUCAUAAUGUAUGAAGGCCUUAUGGGCUAUGGAAAGAGCCAGUUACUUGCUGAAAUUGCCUACUUAGGCCAGGAGGCUGGCUACAACCACCAAGCACGGCCGCCUUGUGUCUCUGCUGCAAACAUCAUUAACAGCACAAAGACCACCCACGUUCAGCUGCGGGAGCUAAAACCCUCUGUGAUCCUGCAAAAAGCCUGCCAGGACCUUGGGGUGGUCAGCAUCUCCCGGGAGCUAGAAAU